CUUAGCAAGACAAUUUAAUAUAUGGGAUCCUUCUUCUAAUCUAAUCCCAAACAUCCAUCCUUUUAAAGAACUCCACCGCUCUGCCCUAAGCUGGAGUCGUACUGAACUCAAUUAGCCGGAAAACGCAUCCGGAGUUGCUCGUCAUAGGAAGAAACUCCACCACAAACUGCAGGAGUUUCUCGUAGCAGAAGCCAUGUCUACAUCAUAUCUUCCUGCCACAACAGAUUCGAUUGCUCAAGCAUUGGAGGCCAAAAACCCUUCUGAUGCGAUUUCCAUUCUUUAUCGCGUUCUUGAUGAUCCAUCUUCUUCACCAGAAGCUCUGCGUAUGAAAGAGCAAGCCAUCACAAACCUUACUGAGCUUCUCAGGCAAGAGAACAGGGGAGAGGAUCUGCGCAGCCUUCUCACUUCGUUGAGGCCCUUUUUCUCCUUGAUUCCCAAGGCAAAAACUGCCAAGAUUGUAAGGGGAAUAAUUGACUCGGUUGCUAAAAUACCAGGGACAUCUGAUCUACAAAUUUCACUCUGUAAAGAAAUGGUGCAGUGGACUCGUGCUGAAAAGCGUACUUUUCUGAGGCAGCGAAUUGAGGCAAGGCUUGCAGCACUUCUAAUGGAAACUAAGGAGUAUUCAGAAGCCUUGACUCUUCUUUCUGGGUUGGUCAAAGAGGUUAGGAGAUUAGAUGACAAGCUUCUUCUUGUAGACAUCGACUUGCUGGAAAGCAAACUGCACUUCUCAUUAAGAAACCUUCCAAAGGCAAAAGCUGCCCUCACAGCGGCAAGAACAGCUGCAAAUGCUAUUUACGUGCCUCCUGCUCAACAAGGUGCCAUAGAUCUACAGAGUGGAAUCCUUCAUGCUGAGGAGAAGGAUUACAAAACUGCAUACAGCUAUUUCUUUGAAGCCUUUGAAUCUUUCAAUGCUCUUGAAGACCCCAAGGCUAUUUUCAGCCUGAAAUAUAUGUUGCUGUGUAAGAUCAUGGUCAAUCAAGCUGAUGAUGUUGGUGGAAUUAUUUCCUCUAAAGCGGGCUUGCAAUAUCUUGGACCUGACUUGGAUGCUAUGAAAGCUGUUGCUGAUGCCUAUUCUAAGCGAUCCUUGAAGUUAUUUGAAACUGCUUUGCAGGACUACAAGGCACAGUUGGAGGAAGACCCAAUUGUCCACAGGCACCUUUCAUCCUUGUAUGAUACCCUUCUGGAGCAGAAUCUUUGUAGAUUGAUCGAGCCAUUCUCAAGAGUUGAGAUUGCACAUAUUGCUGAGCUUAUUGAGCUUCCCAUUGAGCACGUUGAGCGGAAGAUGUCUCAGAUGAUUUUGGACAAGAAGUUUGCUGGGACAUUGGAUCAAGGUGCUGGAUGCCUCAUCAUAUUCGAAGAUCCCAAGACUGAUGCGAUAUAUCCUGCAACUUUAGAGACGAUUUCCAAUGUUGGAAAAGUUGUCGACAGUCUUUAUGUUAGGUCUGCCAAGAUCAUGGCAUGAACUCUCUAGUUAUUUAACUCCAUUGCCACAUUACCUCUUGCUGUUUUCGUUUUCAUGCUGACUAGUAUAUCAUUUGUUUAGUUUCUUUUGUUAAACUCUAAAAACCUUUUUUGGUGGUGUUGAGUUGAAUGUUUAAAUUGGCUUA